UGAGUUCAGGACAGUGAGGGCUACACAGAGGGUCUCCCAAACAAACAAACAGCAACAACAAAAAAGACAAAACCCAAAGUCUGUGUUAGAGAGGCAUAAAUAAGGAACAAAAUGACUAGAGAGCUAACUUAGCCACUGUCAAGUAACUAGUGAGACCCAAAAGAAAGUCCCUAUUUUAACCCCAGUGAAAUAUCCUCAGAAGUAACAGAAGGAAGAAGGUCGAUGUUACAGCCUCAGAUUGGAAUGUGAAAGCCAUUUUGAAAGAAAAUGGGAUAAAUGAAAUCAUGAAUGAGAGCGAAAGAAGAAGAAAUGUUCAAAAGCAGUGGUGUGCAUCUGGGAGCAGUAGAGAGAGCUCAGGCCAGAAGAGUGACUCAUGAGAGGUAGUAGAGGAAAGUGGAAUGUGUGAGUCACGCUGUGAGGUUUCCUUCUGGCAGCUGCACACUUGCAGUAAGUACAAGAGAGACGAGAUUGCUGAAGAGGCUGUCACAGCCUGAAUUUACGAGUGUGAGGAGAGCCUUCCCUCUCGGUUUGCUUUCUAUUUAUCUCAUGCCUUUCUAGAUUAUUCCAGCCCAAAAUAUUUCAGAUGCCACUCCCUUAUUCUUACUUCAUCCAUAUUUUAGGCAUACUGUUAUUAUUAUAGAUUAGAUUUCAGUUUUUAUUAAGCUCCACAAUUUGUCAUGCUCAGCCAGGGCCACAUGACCUUAUUCAAAACUGAAGUGUUAGAAAAACCAGUUUGAAACAGGAUGAAAAAUUAAAGAUGAAAAAUUCAGUUUGUUCAGUUUGUGUCUCACUGUAAACUUACCUCCAGAAUGUUCUGACACUGCUUUAGAAAAAAACAAACAAACCUAACUUUAACAUAUUGGUAUCAAUAUAUUUAUUUUUCCUAUCUGCCUCCCUCCCUUCCUUUCUUUCUUGAGGGAAAUUUUAAGGCAGCUAAAAUCCUUCUGAACGCACUCACAGUUAUGAUCUCAUAAGGGCCAUGGUGAAGACAAGCAAGAGAAGAUCAUUCUCGGGCACAGAAGAGAAAGACCCAGUUGACUUUCACAGGGUGUUUGAGUUGACUCUUGAAAGCCAGUGACAGCAGAGUUCGGAUAGUUCUGGAUAGAGCUGGCCAGGCGCAGAGUCCCUCGGGUCAGUCAGAGUUGGAACUCAGCAGGAGUAGACCUGCAGACGUCCCACCUCUGCCACAGACAGAUGUGAUUGGGGGCCUUGUUUCUAAGAGAGGAACUGCAGUCUUUGUCCCCAGCUGGUGGACAGCUCGUGUGUGUCCCCUCUAAGGAGGACCAUGAAACAAGUAUUCUGUAGUGUGAGGGCAAGACUGAAGACCAGCACGGUGUGGGAGGGGCACCUGAUUCCUUUGUGGCUCUCCACAUGAGGUUGACAGAUUUGCAAUGGAAUUAGAACGGAACCGGAAUUUGAACAAUACCAUAGUUCAUGUUGACAUGGAUGCUUUCUAUGCAGCUGUGGAAAUGAGAGACAAUCCAGAAUUGAAGGAUAAACCCAUUGCUGUAGGAUCAAUGAGUAUGCUGUCUACUUCAAAUUACCACGCAAGGAGGUUUGGUGUUCGCGCAGCCAUGCCAGGAUUUAUUGCUAAGAGACUCUGCCCACAACUUAUUAUAGUGCCCCCGAACUUUGACAAAUAUAGAGCUGUGAGUAAGGAGGUUAGGGAGAUUCUUGCUGAAUAUGAUCCCAACUUUCUGGCCAUGAGUCUGGACGAAGCCUACCUGAACAUAACACAGCACCUGGAGGAAAGGCAAAGUUGGCCUGAGGACAAAAGAAGAUACUUCAACAAAACAGGAAACUCUGUAAAAACUGACCCAGAUAAACCGGGCAAGGAAGCUCACAAAGUGAAUGAGGAUGAACCGGCCAGCUCCCCACUGCUGUUUGAAGAUAGUCCUCCUGAUUUGCAACUUCAAGGAAAUCCUUUCCAACUGAACUCCGAAGAAGAAGAAGACGAUCCUCAAAUACUCCAAAAUUCAGUUGUUUUUGGAACAUCAGCUGAGGAAGCGGUGAAGGAAAUUCGCUUCAGAAUUGAACAGAAAACGACACUGACAGCCAGCGCAGGUAUUGCCCCCAAUACAAUGUUAGCAAAAGUGUGCAGUGAUAAGAAUAAGCCAAAUGGACAAUACCAAAUUCUCCCCAGCAGAAAAGCAGUGAUGGACUUCAUCAAGGACUUGCCUAUUAGAAAGGUUUCUGGAAUAGGAAAAGUCACGGAGAAAAUGUUAAUGGCUCUUGGAAUUGUUACUUGCACAGAACUCUACCAACAGAGAGCACUGCUUUCUCUCCUUUUCUCGGAAACAUCUUGGCAUUAUUUCCUUCACAUAGCCCUGGGUCUGGGUUCAACAGACCUAGCAAGGGAUGGAGAAAGGAAAAGUAUGAGUGUUGAAAGGACGUUUAGUGAAAUAAGUCACACAGAAGAACAGUUCAGCUUAUGCCAAGAGCUGUGCACUGAACUUGCUCGUGAUCUCCAGAAGGAAGGACUGAAGGGGAGAACUGUUACCAUUAAGCUGAAGAACGUGAAUUUUGAAGUAAAAACUCGUGCAUCUACAGUUCCGUCUGCUCUUUCUACUGCAGAAGAAAUAUUUGCCAUUGCUAAGGAACUGCUAAGGACAGAAGUUAACGCCGGUUCUCCACAUCCCCUGAGGUUAAGGUUAAUGGGUGUUCGGAUGUCCACUUUUUCCAACGAAGAUGACAAGAAGCACCAACAGAGGAGCAUUAUUGGCUUCUUACAGGCUGGACAGCAAGCUCUGUCAUCUCCUGGGUGUAGUCUAGACAAAACUGACAAAACUGAGUUUGUAAAGCCUUUAGAAAUGUCUCCUAAGAAGAGUUUCUUUGAUAAAAAGCGAUCAGAAAGGAUCUCGAACCAUCAAGACUCACCCAGAUGUGAAAUUGUGGAUCAGCAAGCUUUACAGCCCUCACAGCCAUCCCAAGCUUUAAAGAAGAUGAGCGAGAAUUUGGAAGCAUCGGAGAAUUCAAAUAACUGUCAGACGUUUACAUGUCCAGUUUGCUUCAGGGAUCAAGAAGGCAUCAGUCUGGAAGCCUUUAAUGAACAUGUAGAUGCAUGUCUUGAUGGGCCAUCAGCCAGUGAGAACUCAGAAAUGCCCUCCUUCUCACAUGCUUCCUCAGCAAAGACUGGUCAGAAGGAAUAUGCACACCCUUCUGUUACACUGUGUGAGAAACAGGAUCAUGAAGAUGGAGAGAUCACUUCAGCAGAUGGUGUGGAUCUCGUAGAGACUGAAGACAGCUCGUUGAAAGCAGCAAGUAUGGACACUUUAGGAAGUAAUCACAGCAAAGGGGAAUAUCCUGACAUUCCAAACCAGUCUUGUCCUAGUUCAUUGGCAGAUGAAGCUGUCAGAAUAUUAAGUAAGCAAGAAUCCAUCCAGCCCUAUACAGAUGAGGUAGUAACAGGACAAGCUCUAGUUUGUCCUGUUUGUAACCAAGAACAAAAGACUUCUGAUCUUACCCUCUUCAAUGUACAUGUGGAUAUUUGCUUAAAUAAAGGCAUUAUCCAAGAACUGAGGAAUAAGGACAUUAAUUCAGUCAACCAACCCAAAGAAAGCUCCAGAAAUACUGCAGACAGACUUCAGAAGGCUGCAAGAAGGACAAAAAGGCCGGGACUGAAGACAAAGUGUUCCACGUCAAAGAAAACAAAACCUCCAAGUCCCAGACACACCCUGGAUAUAUUUUUUAAAUGAACUUUGACCAUUUUAUCA